UCUGGCGAGGAUGGAUGGGAGGCUCUGUACAAAGGACAGUUCUUAUAAGAGAAGUGAUGGACACACUCACCUCGCUAAAUCCCUCUGGUCCCUUUUGCAGGAAUGCUCUCUGCUGCUGCUGGUUCUGCUGCCUCUGCUGCUAAGUGUAUCAGCUACUUGCUAAAGCGUUCAGCCCUGAUAGCUUCGGUAGCUACCUGCUGAGCAAUAAGGAAGUGCUUCUUAGUUAGAUAAUUCUGCCACCCAGUUUUGUAUUAUGUUAAUUGCUUUGGGGAAACUGCUAGACUGCCUGGACUAAGCGGCACACUGAAUGUGAAGCAACAAGGGUUUGAUUCCAGAGUAUUAGAAGAUGGACGAAUAAGGAGUUUGAGAGCGGAGAGACAGAUCUUUAUCUUGAAGCCUUCACUAAGUCAGACUGCAAAUCCUGGAUUGCGGCACUCCGAGAGGCAAACUCGGAAGGUUUGCAAAAAAGAAUUAAUUACCUUCAGCUGCUAUUCAUGGAGAUUAAGAGAAGCGAGCCAACAGACAGCCUGGGAGGCGAAGCACAGCAGGCAGGUGCAGUGAUGAUUCCAAACCCACCAAGGCUAGAGUUCAGUCUUGAGUGCAGGGAGCUUGCAGCAACAGCCAGAGAGAGGAAGCCCAAUGCAGUUGUGCAGAUCUCUGUGAUAAACACACAGCAGCAAAGUUUGACUGUUUGCUCCAGCACGGAAAUAGUGGAGGGAACAAGAGACCCACUGUUCCUGACUGGUGUGACUUUCCCACCAGAAUACCCCAUUUGUGAGGGAACUCGGUUCAAGCUAACAGUCUAUGAUGUCAAGGAUAAAUCCUCAGAAACUAGAAGCUUCCUGGGCUGCACAACAUUUUCAGUAGGUGAUCUGGUAAAGUCCAAGGAUCAGCAGUUAACCCUUAGCCUCAGAACAUCAGAUGGUACCAACGCAGUGGGCAGCAUAGUGGUCAGCCAAUUGAAGAUGGGGGAGAUAGAGGAUGGAGAAGUGGACCAAAUUGCAACAGAUGCGCAGGGACAAAAGUGCUCCUUAAUUUGUGAGUCUGCAUCACACAGAACCACAAAUGACAAAGACAACAGCCAUUUGAUGAAUGCAGUAUUUAAAAACCCAGUCUGUAAAGUGUACAGAUUUCAGACUGUAGACCGCAAGUGGAUGUUCAUUCGAGAACAGAUGGCAGAAUGCACUCUAUCCUUUAACAUCCCCAAGCAGCUGAUGACACUUUACAUACAAGAAGACAUGAGGAGGAUACAGGAGUUGAAAGAGCUGGGGGACCUCUCUCCACACUGGGAUAAUCUUCGUAAAGAGGUGAUUACUCACUAUGGGCAGAUUAUCAGCAGCUACCAGGAAACCCUUGCUGAACUCAACAAGCUUACAGGCUCUUCUUUUAAACCAAGCAUCAGUAAAGCAGAGAAAUAUUUAGAAUUCAUCCCAAUUAAUCUCCACACGCAAAGAAUGAGGGUUAACUGCCCAAGGAAAACAGACGCUGCUUACGAUGUCGUCACUGUUGGAGCCCCUGCGGCCCACUUUCAGGGAUUUAAACACGGAGGUCUUCAUAGGCUGCUGAGCAGAUUUGAAGUAGAAAAAAAAAAUUUCAGCACAGCGUACCAGUGCAUCUACUAUUCACCUGAAAACACAUCAAAGGCAAAGGAGGUACUUACCAUCAUCAGCCUGCUGCAGCCCCUCAUCUCCAGCCUCGGUGACCAGCUACUCCAUUCUGCUCAGCAGCACUCCUCCGACAGCCUAAAGGAGGCUUUGAAGACACUUUCAGACAAAACGGAACAGUUUGUACACGUACUGAAAGAUGAGUUGGUCAAGAACGCCCUGCUUGCACUCUACACAGCUCGACCUGGCUAUGUCAGUAAGAUAAAUUCAACGGUUUGUAACCAUGUUGACGAAAGCAACCCCACGCCAAAGGAAGACUCCACCUCCACGCCACCUGCUCUGAAGCGACAGGACUCCAUACCUCAUCAUUCUGAAUACGACGAGGAAGAGUGGGACAGGGUUUGGGUGAAUGUAGCAAUGAGCUUGAACUGCAUCAUUGCCAUGGUGGACAGGCUACUAGAGCAUGAAAAUAAUAAUCAGGAAGCUGGAGCGGAUCCUUCGCAAGCAGAUGUCAUCACUUCACAUACUAACGGUGACUGGCAUGAGCAGCUCUACCCUCUGGUGGUGACACUGAAGGACUGCGUCAAAGAAGUCGUUGAUCGAGCCCAGAAGUCUAUGGCAUUUGUUUUGCUGCAGGAAGCGGCAUGCAGCAUUCCUCAAGGCCUUUUCCUAAAGCAGAGGAGAGAUGUGGUCUUUAGUCAAGCACUUGCAGCUGUGGCCUGCGGGUUUGUGAUGAGAUUGUACGCGGGUCUUGAUGAUAAAGGCUUCCUGCAGCAGCUUCACACGGUUGGACUUAUAGCACAGUUUGAAAGCCUUCUAAGUACAUAUAGUGAAGAGGUUGGGAUGCUGGAGGAUAUGGAGGUUGGCAUUUCAGAUUUGCGGAGAGUGACAUUUAGAAUUGCUGAAGCCAAAUCUGAUGAACCCAGUGAUCUGCAGCCCACUGUCACUGGAAGGCGGGACUAUUAUACUGUUGAAGUGCCAUUACCACGAGAGGUGUUUGAGGGACUACCAAAUGAGAUCAAAGAAGGCAAGCCAUUACAUGUGUAUCCAAUACUCUUUAAUAUUGGCAUAAAUGAGCAGCAGACAUUGGCAGAGAGGUUUGGAGACAUCUCUUUACAAGAAAGAAUCAACCAGGAAAACUUGAAGAUUUUAAAUGAAUAUUACAGAAUAUUAAGUGAAAAGGUGCCACUGGAAUGUUUACCUAGAUUUCAAGCACAAACAGACUUGAAAGAAUUACUUGAAAUCCUCCAUCAGAACAUUCAGAUAAAGAAGAGAAAGAAUGUGGAAAUAUUGUGGCUUGCAGGAAUAAUUUGCCGCAGGAUGAAUGGAAUCCGCUUUACCAGCUGUAAAAGUGCCAAAGACAGAACGUCCAUGUCCGUCACGCUGGAGCAGUGUGCGCUGCUGAGGGACGAACAUGAGCUGAGCAAGGACUAUUUCAUCCGAGCGCUGGACUGCAUGCGUAGAGAAGGAUGCCGGAUUGAGAAUGUGCAGAAGAAUAUCCGCUGUAGGAAGUAUGCUUUCAACAAGCUGCAGCUGAUGGCUUUUCCAAAGUUCUACAGACCUCCUGAGGGAACGUAUGGAAAAGUUGACUCCUAAUAACACGUGCACUUGAAAAUAUCAGAGGGAGGUAGCAAAUCAAACCUGGAAUCCAUCAAAUUGCUAAGCAAUGGGAAUCUGAAAUCCGGCACACUGUAUUGCCAGACACACAGUUUAAAAAUACUACACAGUGAAGGAAAGAAAGUGCAUUUUAAACUAUGGGCAAUUAGCUUUCAGCAAAGAUAUUACAAAAUAUAUACUGCCUUUCAAAUAUUUUUUUACAGACAUUAGAGAUCUCAAAGAACAUUCUAUAUAUUGCAUUUGCUGGUUGAUGAAUAUUACUAUAUGUAUUUUCUUUCAUUGCUCAAACACGUUUCUUGUAAAGUACGGGACAUUGUAUAGACAAUAACCAACCCUGACCUGGGUCACUCAACCACCUGCAGCUAUGCAUAGAAAUAAAUUAAAAGUAAAAGUCAAUGUGUGGUAAAGUGUUUUUUUAUUAUUUACCAGAAAAAGGCUGUAUAAUAAUGCACUUAAUGCAUAGAUAAAUGCAGCACAGGCAGUAUUAUUAUUAUUAUUAUUAUUAUUAGUAGUAUUAUUAUUAUUUGAAAUGUAUUGUAAUCCAUAAAGGUCUGAUGUGUUUAUUCCAAAAAUAUUUCAUGUAAUGUGUUAUCAUCAUUCCUUACCAGUAUUAAGCCAGACCACAUCAAUUAUUAAACUCACGCAAACCCCAAACUCAAUUCUCGGUUUCAGAACUACCCUUGUAUAUUCUUAUUGAAAUGACCAGGUGUCAGGAAUAUGAGAUCCCUGCAGUUUGUUUUCUGAACUCACAGCUACUGCCUGGAUAUGUAGGUUUACUGUUGUUUGUGCAGGCUUGCUCUUGGCUCCUAAACAUUUAAAUAAUACACUUAACUGAGUGGAGUUAUGAAACUCAGAACUGGGUGCAGGACUUAUGUUACUUUCUAACCCUGUAAAUAUAGUCUGUCUUUCUAUAAUAAUGAAUCGCCUAUUGUUUUGUACAAAGAUUGUAAAUAGUACAUUAAACUAUGAGUUUGAAGUCAGAACCAGUGCAUCUCAUAAUCAAGUAGAUUAAGGCAGCUAACCCAGUCCCAAAUAUUUAUUAGUACUGGGUGUGCUGGGAAAUGCAGUGUUGCAUUUCUCUAGUUUUUUUCAAGCUCAUUUCUCAUUACCUCGUCUCACCUACAGGGGUCAGCAGUGUUGUCACAUAACACAACACUGUCUGAUGCAGUGUAAAUUUAACAAAGGUGGGUAGAACAGCAUUGAGAAUGGAUUACAUGUAGAUUAGAGUUUCAGGUGCUCUAAAAAUACAGUACCAACAUCCAUGUAAUUUUCUUCACCUUCUUCAACUAAAUGAUGCCCUGUUUUAGUGAAAUUACAGUGCAAAAUUAUUAUAAAAAGUUGAAUCAAUUAUUGCCAGCUAGAAGGAAAUUAUUCUGGUGUUCUGGUUUUUUUAUAAUUCAUUCUGUACAAAAACUGUUAUACAAGAGUACACUCCCAGAACCACAUAUAUAUUCUGAGGUACAGUACAAUAUAAUUACCACCACCAUAAAGGAUGUGGUAACAUACUAGAUCUAAACAAUCUAUGACGGGUAUAGGCCAACAGGUAAAUAUAAGGAACAACAGAAAAAAAAUAUAUAUACAUAUACCUUUUAGCCCAGAAUCUAUGGUUGACAGCUAUUCAAGUAGCUUUACAGUCUUAUAAUACAUUGUAAGACAUUAAAAUGACACACUGAUUGUAUUUUAAAAUAAAUUCUACCGGGCUGUGUACACUAUAAAUGGAGAGUAGCUAGAUUACCAGUAGUAAGCGUGAUAUGUACUGUACAGGAGGCCUGCCUUCCUUUUAUCACUGUACAGAUUGAUGUGUUUCUUUUGUAAAGCAAUAGUUUUAAGUUAAAUUUGCUUUGUUAUUAUCCAUUUUAUUUAUACAUUGCUGUUGUGAAGUGUUAUGUUUGUGUUGAGGAUGCAAUUUGAUUUAUUGAACGCUUGCUGUUUGCUAAACGCGAGUUAUUACAAGAGCUGUUAUACAAGUGUUUUUUUUUUUGUUUUUUUUUAAUUGGCAGCUUAGUUUCUGUGUAUCAUAUUUAUUUAGAGAAAAUAUUAGUCUACAUAAGAACUAUAGGAUUUUACAUACAUGUAAGGUGUGUAUCGAGCAUAGCUACAGUAGCUAGGGGGAACUAGACUGCCACAUGGUUUAAUAAAAGAUCUAUGACUGUGUCACUCAAGUAUGAAUAGAUACGUGCAACCAAAGGAUGCACUUUGUUGCUACCUGAUCUGUGAAGAGUAAUGCUUUAUCUGGGAUAGCAGCCUUGAAUAAAACACAGUCAGCGUCGCAACCAGAGCUAACAUUCUACCGAGUUCAAAGUUAGGUUUCAAGCUAUAGCUGGCAGUAUUUCUAGCUAGUUAUGGCCAUGAACACAGUCACCAAGCUUCACUAUCACAUAAAUAUGAAAAAUAAUUGAAAGUUACAACAAGGUCUAAAACGUCUUGCUUCUUAAAGCUGAUUUAUUUCCUCUGUUAAGUGUUGAUUGCCUUUAGGUGCAAAAGUACACUACUAGGUUACCCAGCACUUUUCCCUGUCACUUUACCUUGAGUUUGUAAUUAUUUUUUGUAAUUAUUUUUGUUUUAAUCCAAAACAAAAGUGACUGAAUAUCCAACAUCAGCACUUACUGCAAAAUGUCAUACCCCAGUAGCUGUCAUUCCUCCUUGCUAAAACAAUAUCUAACAUUUUUAAGUGUUAUUGUGAAUUUGACAUCAUCAUGAUGUUCUGUAUUAUACAUAGUUUUGUGUGUUGAUUUUCUUUUAUAUUUAAUACAUUUGAUAUGAUUUGUCUGUGUUUGUCUCAUGGUCUGUUAUCUAAUGCAGUGUUUGAUUAAUGUCUGUCAUGCCUCACUACUCACAAAGUGAGACCCACAGUUAAAGUCAGUGACUGGGGUGCUCUGAAAGGGUGAACUUUUCAACUAUACUAUAUUUUAUUACAGAUCCCUUCCAGUAAACUCAUCACCAUAUUUGUUCUCUAAUUUAGUCAAGGCUUUACAUUAUAUUUGUGCUGAUUGCAAGAAU